AAUUGGACAGCGAAGUAGUGGAUUUUUAAAAACAAUUUAUUCUUCUAGACUGGUGACCACUGGCUAACAGGACCUCGAAACGAUAGACCGUAUUUCCUUAUGAAGAACUUCGUUUCGACCAGUCAUGUAAACGAUGCCAAAAACGUUGCCAGGGUUGUUAACUAACAACAUCACCUCAAGCUAUCUUCGGCUGGAUCCGGUUUUCGGAUACCUUCGGAAAUCCGCUAGGAAUCACGGGAAUUCUCGCAAACAUAUCUGCAUAUAUGAGUCGGCCCUCCAAUGGGAAUAUGCGUUUCUGUACUCUACCGCUUGCGUAAUACAGGACAUGAGCAGUGCCAGCUACUCCUGUCAAUGCGAGCACUACAACAGCAACAAAGUUGUGAAGAAGUUUGUCUGACGAGAGAGAGAGAAAGGCAUGAAAGAGGUUGGGUCAGCCUGCCCGGUGGAUCCGGAAGCCUCUGUACUGCUGCACUGUGGACCUUGGAAGGGCCUGAGAGAGGAACAGGUGCAAGUGGAGCUCUCCAACAGGUAUAACCGUAGGACAGUGGCAGAGGUGGAACAGCACAUUGAAGAGGUGUGGGCAGAACGCAUUACCCAGAAGCCCUGGCUUUUCAACGGAGCCAAGUUCCGGCUGUUCUCUGCCAGCCUCGUGCCCAGCCCCUCCUGCAGCACUCUGGGGGGUGCAGGCAACACAUCCCAUUGGGGGUGUAAUGUGAGGCGAGGUGGGGGAGAUGCUGCCCCCAUGGAGGGGUGCAAAAUAGGAGGAUGGAGAGAGGAGGGUUGCAGGGGCAGUGGGGAGGUGGAGGGGGGUGAGGAGGUGCCCAUGCGGUGGGAGGUCGUGGGCCAAAAGAUGCAGUGUCCCCCGAGGGAUGCACGGUUCCCCACCCACACAGAGGGAAGAGCCUCCGCAGUGCCCCCGCUGUAUGAAGGAGGGGGAUACGCCUCGGUGAACUGCUCAUGCAGGCAGAGGGGUGUGGGGGCCACCCUCCUCACCUUACAGCUGGGCCUCACAUGCUACAAAGACUUCCUGGGCACCAACUGGUCCAGGCGUGUGGGGGCCCUGAUGGCACGUGGCGAGGCGGAGUUCGGGGACACACAGGCCCUUCUAGCCCAGCCCCUAGGGGUUGGCGGGGUACUGCGCACCUCAGAUGGACUCAUAGUGCUGCUCAGGAGGAGCCAGAAGGUGGCAGAGGCCCCGGGACUCCUGGACAUACCAGGGGGCCACCCUGAACCUAAGGCUGUGUGUCAGGGUGUCAGUGAGGACUGCAUCCGGGUGGAGCAGCUGGCAGAGAGGGCCGUGGUCAGAGAGCUCUUCUCUUCCGUCAGUGCCGAGAUCAGAGACGAGGUGAACAUUCCCCUCAGUUCUCUGAGCGAACCAGUAUUGUUGGGAAUCGCCCUCAACCACACCAGUGCAGGCAGACCUAGCGCCGAGUUCUACAUAAGUUGCUCUCUGUCCUCCAAAGAAGUGAAGGACUUCUACUGGCAGGGGGGACCGGAGGCCCAUGAAUCCACAGACAUCGUCUUUCUGAGCCAAGAGGAGGUGAUGCAACUGGAUGAGAGCGCCUCCUUGUGGACAGAGUUGUGCCCCUCUGCCAAGGGAGCAGUGAUGCUGUACCGCCUUGUUCUGCCUGACAAAGAUGAGGAGGGAAUGUGUUCAGUGACAAAUGCGAAAUCCAUCUAAGCACAAGUCUGCCAUAAUUUUAAGUGUGAAUGUUGUAUGUGUAUGUUUCAGUAAUUCAGUGGUUCAGAUUUUACAUUCAAAAACAUGUACCAGCAAGUGGUGCUCAAAGGUUAUAGGGAGAGCAGCAUGGUAAGCGGACUCAAAAAGUGGACUCAGGAACUUUAUCCAGUCUACACUAAGGCAGGGUCAUAAAAUAC